GGGAUUGGGACGGGCGGCGCUUGGAGGCCUGGAGAGGGGUAGUCGUUCUGUCGGUGUUUGGGGGCCGUGUCGGUCGGUGGGCUCGGGCCGGCGGCGGAGGAGGCUCCUGUCCGGCGGAGGAUGGCGGACGUGGCGGCCUCCCCCGUGGGAAAGCGGCUCCUGCUGCUGCUGGCGGCGGCGCCGGGUGAGGGCGAGGCGACGGGGCCGGACUCUGGGCCUGCGCUGCCCUCCCGGGCCUGGCGGAGCGGCACGGUGCGGGCUAUGAGCGGAGCGGUGCCCCAGGACCUGGCGAUCUUUGUGGAAUUUGAUGGCUGUAACUGGAAGCAGCAUGCCUGGGUAAAAGUCCAUGCUGAAGAGGUUAUAGUGCUGUUGCUGGAAGGAUCAUUGGUGUGGGCGCCUCGAAAUGAUCCAGUUCUGCUUCAAGGGGCUCGAGUCUCACCAAAACAGUGGCCUGCACUGACCUUUACUCCUCUAGUAGAUAAACUGGGUUUAGGCUCUGUGGUCCCAGUGGAGUUUCUUGUGGACAGACACUUACGUUUCCUAUCUGAUGCCAGUGGAUUACGAUUGUUUCAGAUGGGAACAGAGAGUCAGAAUCAGAUUCUGCAGGAACAGCCUUUGCUAAGAGAAUCUGUGAAUUCAUUGUUCAGUGACCAGAAACUUCAGGAGAUAUUUAGUAGAGUUCCUUACAGUAUCCAAGGCCAAAGAGUUAAAGUUUAUCAACCGGAAGAUGAAAAUAGCUGGCUCUGUGGUGUUGUGAGUCAUCAAGACCCAAUAACACGUCUUAUGGAGGUGUCUGUGACUGAGACUGGUGAAAUAAAGUCAGUGGAUCCUCGUCUGAUUCAUGUCAUCAUGGAUAACAGCUCUUCAAGUGAGGGAGGGGGCCUAAAAGCAGCUAAGUCAUCUAAAGGGAAGAAGAAGAGAGAAAGUUUUGAGGGAAAAGAUGGACGGAGGAGGAAAAAUGUUUCAGAUUCUGGGUGUGAUCCUGCAACAAAGAAGCUAAAGGAGAGGGGUGAGGUGGAUGGCAACGGUAGUGAUGGAGGUGAGGCAAGCAGAGGUCCUUGGAAAGGAGUCUCCAGUAGUGAAACAGGACUGGAUCCAAGGGCCAAACAGUUGCCUUCAUUUGUUCCGCAAAUGAAUCGCAAUAUUCGCUUUGCUACUUACACCAAAGAGAAUGGUCGAACAUUAGUAGUCCAAGAUGAGCCAGUUGGUGGUGACACACCAGUGCCAUUCACUCCAUUUUCCUCUGUGGCUGGACAGGCACUGCUAGCUGGAUCUGGAUGUAAAGAGGCCGGAAAAUCACUGGAACAGGUUGGCCAAGGCACAGUGACUUCUGCAACCACAGUUAGUACAACUGCUUUGACACCAACAACUGUGAGAAUCUCUGAUACUAGUUUGCCAGCAAUUACUGGACAGGAGAAACUGAAAACAGGCCGAACGCAAACCCAGGGAGAGAAUUCUCGAAAUUCACUUUCAGCUUCCACUGGAUUUGGAAUCUCUCUCCCAGGUGCUUCCCAGUCUUUGGCAUUUGGAGGCGGAAGAAGCCAGUCAAAUGGAGUGGCGACUCCAGAAAGCAAGCCUUCUGGAUUUAUUUUUGGUUGUAGUACUGGACAAGAGGCUCAAAAAGAUUCUGAUCUGUCUAAGAACUUGUUUUUUCAGUGCAUGACCCAAAACCUACCUUCCAGUAACUACUUCACGGUCAUUUCAGAAAGCUUAUCUGAAGAUGCCUCUAGUCGGGACACAUUCAAGCAGUGCACAGAAAGUGUGGGUGCUGGGGUCUGCAAAGGUAAAGUUCUUUCAGCGGACACGCAGUCUGGCAGUUCUGUGGAGCGGAAGCUGCCUGUGGAAUGUAUGCCCACCCUUACUCCAGCUUUUUCGCGAAGCUUGUUGAAUACUCGCCCCCCAGAUAGUCAUGAAAACUUAUUUUUACAGCCCCCAAAACUAUCAAGAGAGGAGCCCUCAAACCCUUUCCUGGCAUUUGCUGAGAAAACAGAACUUAGUCCUUUCAGUGGCUUUGCAUCAUCUCAGACAGGGGUUUCUACUCCAUCUACAUCUGUGGGUCAUAAGACUGCUUCUGGCUGGCCAGAAUCAAUCACAGCUACAGACUCUCUAGCUAAGAAGAAAACCUUGUUUAUAACAACUGAUUCCUCAAAGAUGAUGUCUAGUACUCCUGGUCCAGCAGCUUCUGUUGGUGUUCAGAGUCCUUCCACUGCAGGGAAUGGCCGUUCCAGCUCACCAGCCAGCAACCUGAUACAGCCUAUUGAGAUGCCCACGCUUUCUUCCAGCCCAACAGAAGAAAAACCAGCUGUUGGGCCUGGCCAGCAGGACAAUCCUCUUCUGAAAACUUUUUCUAAUGUGUUUGGCAGGCAUCCGCCUGGCUUUUUUUCUUCACAGGCUGAGUUUCCGCAGGACAACAAAGCCCCCUUUGAAGCUGUGAAAAGAUUCUCACUAGAUGAGCGGAGCUUGACAUCUAAGCAGGAUUCAGACUCCAGUACCAAUAGUGACCUCUCAGAUUUAAGUGACUCUGAAGAGCAGUUGCAAGCCAAGGCUUGUAUGAAGGGCAUCCCAGACCACUUGAUGGUGAAACUAGGACCCAAUGCAGAGCGCAAUGCUGAGUUGCUGCUGGGGAAAGGAAAAGGAAAACAAGCCCCAAAGGGCCGGCCUCGCACGGCUCCCCUAAAAGUUGGCCAGUCUGUGCUGAAAGAUAUGAGUAAGGUGAGGAAGCUGAAGCAGUCAGGUGAGCCUUUUCUCCAGGAUGGUUCUUGCAUCAAUGUAGCCCCACAUCUGCACAAGUGCCGGGAGUGCCGUCUGGAGCGGUACCGCAAAUUUAAGGAGCAAGAGCAAGAUGACUCAACUGUGGCAUGUCGCUUCUUCCAUUUCCGGAGGCUUAUAUUUACCCGGAAAGGUAUUUUAAGAGUAGAGGGUUUCUUGAACCCACAACAGAGUGACCCUGAUGCCAUGAGUCUGUGGAUUCCUUCCUCCUCCCCUGCAGAGGGCAUUGACCUGGAGACUUCAAAAUACAUCCUUGCCAAUGUUGGAGACCAGUUUUGCCAGCUCGUUAUGUCAGAAAAGGAAGCAAUGAUGAUGGUGGAGCCACAUCAGAAAGUGGCGUGGAAGCGAGCAGUACGCGGUGUGCGGGAGAUGUGUGAUGUAUGUGAGACAACUCUAUUCAAUAUUCAUUGGGUUUGUCGCAAGUGCGGGUUUGGGGUCUGUCUGGACUGUUAUCGGCUGAGGAAGAAUCGUCCACGUAGUGAGACAGAGGAGAUUGGUGAUGAGGAAGUCUUCUCGUGGCUGAAAUGUGCAAAGGGUCAGUCUCAUGAACCAGAAAACCUUAUGCCAACACAGAUCAUUCCUGGUACAGCUCUUUACAAUAUUGGAGACAUGGUUCAUGCAGCACGAGGCAAAUGGGGUAUAAAAGCCAAUUGCCCAUGUAUUAAUCGACAGAAUAAGUCGGUAUUGAGACCAGCUGUCACUAAUGGAAUGUCACAGCUUCCAUCUGUUAAUCCCAGUGCAUCAGUCUCUGGAAAUGAGAGCACCUUUUCCACUGGAGCAGGAACAGCAGGAGUGGGGCAGUUAGAAAUGGACAGUGUUCCAAAAUCUGAAGCAAAUGAUAGUAGGAUAGAAGAGCUGGCAAAAACAGAGACAUCACCAAUCAGUAACACUGCUGAAACAAAGACCAACAGACCACUUUGCUCAGAUACAGCCCCAUCAUCUGCCUUGCACUGGCUUGCAGAUUUAGCAACACAAAAAGCAAAAGAAGAAACAAAAGAAUCAGGAUUGCUGAGGUCAGUGCUUAAUAAAGAAUCCCACUCACCCUUUGGAUUGGAUUCCUUCAACUCCAGUACAAAGGUUUCCCCACUAACCCCAAAGCUGUUUAAUAGCCUGUUGUUGGGCCCAGUGACAUCUAGCAACAAAGCUGAGGGCUCCAGCCUCAGAGAUCUUCUACACACAGGGCCAGGAAAGCUUCCUCAGGUUCCAUUAGAUGCAGGAAUCCCCUUUCCUCCAGUUUUUUCUGCAGCUUCUACGGGGGCCAAAGGUAAAGCCAGCCUGCCUAACUUCUUAGACCAUAUCAUUGCGUCUGUGGUGGAAAAUAAGAAGACAUCUGAUGCUGCAAAACGUGCUAGUAAUUUAGCUGACACACAAAGAGAUGUGAAGGAAAUGGUAAUGGGCUUGAAUGUGCUGGAUCCGCACACUUCCCACUCUUGGCUAUGUGAUGGUAGACUCCUUUGCCUUCAUGAUCCUAGCAACAAAAAUAACUGGAAGAUCUUCAGGGAGUGCUGGAAACAAGGCCAGCCCGUGCUGGUAUCUGGUGUCCAUAAGAAGUUGAAGUCAGAGCUUUGGAAACCAGAAGCUUUCAGCCUGGAAUUUGGAGAUCAAGAUGUAGAUUUGGUGAACUGCAGGAACUGUGCCAUAAUUUCAGACGUGAAAGUGCGUGACUUCUGGGAUGGCUUUGAAAUAAUAUCUAAGCGGCUCAGGUCAGAGGAUGGUCAGCCAAUGGUACUAAAAUUAAAGGAUUGGCCUCCAGGGGAGGACUUCAGAGAUAUGAUGCCUACAAGGUUUGAGGACUUGAUGGAAAAUCUUCCUCUUCCUGAAUAUACAAAGAGAGAUGGCAGAUUGAAUUUGGCUUCUAGGCUGCCAAGCUACUUUGUCCGUCCCGACUUAGGUCCCAAGAUGUACAAUGCCUAUGGCUUAAUCACUGCAGAAGACAGACGAGUUGGUACAACAAAUCUGCAUUUGGAUGUGUCUGAUGCUGUGAAUGUCAUGGUGUAUGUUGGAAUUCCCAUUGGGGAAGGGACUCAUGAUGAUGAAGUUUUGAAAACAAUUGAUGAGGGUGAUGCUGAUGAUGUAACAAAGCAGCGAAUCCAUGAAGGAAGGGAAAAACCUGGAGCAUUGUGGCAUAUCUAUGCUGCCAAGGAUGCUGAAAAGAUACGGGAACUUCUCCGGAAGGUUGGAGAAGAACAAGGCCAAGAAAAUCCCCCAGAUCAUGACCCUAUUCAUGACCAAAGUUGGUAUUUGGACCAGACCUUACGUAAGAGACUGUAUGAUGAGUAUGGUGUGCAAGGCUGGGCAAUAGUGCAGUUCCUAGGAGAUGCUGUGUUCAUUCCUGCAGGUGCUCCCCAUCAGGUUCAUAAUUUGUACAGUUGCAUUAAAGUGGCAGAAGAUUUUGUAUCUCCAGAACAUGUGAAGCACUGCUUCCGUCUGACCCAGGAGUUUAGACACCUGUCUAAUACUCAUACAAACCAUGAGGAUAAACUACAGGUGAAGAACAUUAUCUACCAUGCAGUGAAAGACGCUGUUGGCACACUGAAAGCUCAUGAAUCCAAACUAGCUAGAUCAUAGGAACUGCAAGUCCAAGCACCCUGUGAAGUAAGCCUUUUGCUCACAGUAUAUACAGGGACUGCACCUGUCUGCCUCUGCAGGAGUAGAGACUUCUCACUGAGAGCUGGUGUGGUUCGUAUUAUACACUCUUCAGCUACUGUUUUCUACGCUGCCUCAACACUGAAGGUCUAAUGGAAGGUUGCACUUCUACAUGCAGAAUUCCAGAUUCUAAUGAAAGGUGCCAUGUCCCUUUCUUGUGGCCUUUUGCAAAUUGGAAGAACAUGGAAACCACUGGGUGUUCCUACAUAUUAUGGUCAGAAAUGGUGAAAAGAGUGUGGAUGUUUUUCCUCAUGCCUAGUUAGUCUCCUUGAAGGUAGCGAAAUUUGCUGAAGGUGGGUCAUCCUACUGCAGGCUUAGCUGGUAGCUGCUGAAAGAGUGUAAGUAACAGUAGCCCAACUGCAGAAAUUUAAGUAAAUUUCCCACGUGAGAUACAGGCCAAGGAAAAAGACAGAGCUAUUCUCUGCACUGCCCUUCUUGCAGCCGUUUCCCUAUACACUGUAGAGUUGCAGAACUAAAGGGAGAACCCACUUUUUUUUCCCCAGGAGACUCCAGAAGCAGGAGAAUUGUGUAUUUAGUGAAAAACUAGGUUUGUAGUUAAACAGUUAAUAUUUCAUGAAAGUAGAUAUUUUUAGUAUUUUUGAAGUACCACAACUGUUCUUGGAUUUUCAAGGAAAGGCGUAUUACAUUUAGUCUUCCUUUCAAUAAAAUCAAGAAGUGAUUUUUAGAAAGCAGUCCAAAAUAGCACAAAAACAGCCAAAGGAGAGUGAAUAGAAAUUGACAACCCACCUUCCUUACCCAUAUUCCUCACUCAUCUUCUCCUGUCUCCCCGCUGCUUCCACAGAAUGAGAAGUAAAAAGGAGUUGGAACUCUGUUCUCAUGUAGAGAUGUUGUACAUCUCUACCUGCACUGGUAACUACAGGCAAUAGUUUUUCCAGUACCAGUGCUAGCUGAAAACAUUUAUCCUUUCCAAAAAUGAAGGAAAAGUUAUCCUUCAAGUAUCAACUUUGUCCAGAACUAUUUUAAGUAAAACGUUCCUGCUUGAUAGAACUGUAUUCAGAUUUUACUAAUGUCAGCAUUGAUACAAUGGAUUUCAUUGUCUGGGUACAUGGGGAAAUAUAUCUACCUUAUAUCCAGCUGUACUGUAGUGCCACCUGCAGGCCUGUUAAUAUGUUCACGGUUAUUUCAUUUUUUUUUAAAUAAAAGUCAUUUACUGUAA